UUGGAGCGGUGUAUGUUGAGAGUAAACGAAGAGUUUAAAGCUUAAAAUCGAGGCGGGUUUCUGGGACAAGGUAGUAAACGUACAGAAAUCGUAGACAACAGCAGCCUGAAGCCCCCAAAUACCGGUUUAGAAAAAGGGACAAGAUGAUGUUCUAUGGAAGAAAAAUUAUGAGGAAGGUGACAACUUUGCCAAACACACUGGUGGGAAAUAAUGUGCCCCGACAGAGAGUGAGAAAAAGGCAGAAAGUUUUUGCCCUGGCUAAAAGAUUUUUACGCAUUAAGAAGGAGUACCCCACACUACAACCCAAAGAGCCACCCCCCUCACUACUGGAAGCAGAUCUCACUGAAUUUGACGUGAAGAACUCUCACCUGCCAUCUGAAGUUCUGUACAUGUUAAAAAAUGUCAGGGUUUUGGGUCACUUUGAGAAACCGUUGUUCCUGGAACUCUGUAAGCACAUGGUUUUCAUGAAUUUGAUGGAGGGGGACUACAUCUUUCAGCCUGGGCAACUAGAUGACAGCAUCUACGUAGUACAGGAUGGGAGACUAGAACUCUGCAUUCAAGACAAUGAUGGGACAGAGGCAGUUGUAAAGGAAGUGUUCCCAGGGGACAGUGUGCACAGCUUGCUUAGCAUCCUAGAUGUUAUCACAGGCUAUCCUGCUCCCUAUAAAACUGUUUCAGCAAAAGCUGCAGUAGAUUCCACCAUCUUGCGUUUGCCAGCAAAUGCCUUUGAAGCUAUCUUCCAAAAAUAUCCUGAAACUCUAGUAAGAGUGGUACAGAUAAUCAUGGUGCGGCUUCAGAGAGUGACUUUUCAGGCCCUCCACAACUAUUUGGGAUUGACAGCAGAACUCUUCAGCUCGGAGAGUCAAGCCAUCCCUCUGGUUUCUGUAGCCAGUUUAACCACUGCAAAAACAGGGACAUUGAGAAAACAGCUGUCCCACUCAUUCUCUGAAGAGGAAUCCAUGGAGAAAACAGACUGGAGCGGAGAGACAUCUGAAACGGAAAUGGUGAAGAAUUCCUCAUUAGAAGGUUCUGCAGUGGUACCCAAGCGAAGCCGGGCUGUAACAAUACCAUGUGACCCAGGAAGCCCAAAGUGCAGCAGGUCAGACAUGAGUAUGGCAUAUGAGAGAGCACGGGUUAGCAUGGCUGGUGAUUUGCCUUCCAGCCCAGUUACAUUCAAGUCUAUUUUGAAGAAGAGUGUGACAAUGCAGGAAACGCCGUCUGCUGUUUUUCACUAUACUGAUCCAGUGGAGGGAGGAGAGGAAGUCGGUGCUGCUGCAAGACAAAAUGCCUUCUUCGAAGCAGCCAAGAAAGAUCUCCUAACACUUAUGAAACUGGAUGAUCCUUCGCUUUUGAAUGGCAGAGUGACUCUACACCAUGUCAAGGCUGGAGCAGUGCUGUCAAAGCAAGGGGAUCAGGAUGUGAAUAUUCGCUUUGUAAUAUCUGGCUUGCUGCAUGUUUACCAGCGCAUGAUUGAUCGUGAGGAGGAGACUUGCCUAUUCAUCACACAUCCAGGAGAACUGGUUGGUCAUCUUGCUGUUCUCACAGGAGAACCACUUAUCUUCAGUAUCAGAGCACACCGGGAUUGCACUUUCCUCUCCAUCUCCAAGUGCCACUUCUAUGAGAUAAUGCGGGCACAGCCAAGUAUUGUGCUAAACGUGGCCCACACUGUAGUGAAAAGGAUGUCAUCUUUUGUACGGCAGAUUGACUUUGCUCUGGACUGGGUUGCUGUGGAAGCAGGACGAGCUGUUUACAGGCAAAGUGACAAGUCAGACUGCACUUAUAUUGUUUUGAGUGGGCGACUGCGUUCUGUAAUUAAAAAGGAAGAUGGAAAGAAGGAACUCGUCGGAGAAUAUGGCCGUGGUGACCUCAUUGGAGUGGUUGAAGCCCUCACUCGUCAACCCCGAGCCACAACAGUGCAUGCAGUACGUGAUUCUGAAUUGGCCAAGCUGCCUGAAGGAGCUUUGAACUCAAUCAAGAGGAAGUACCCCCAGGUCGUGACUCGUCUAAUACAUCUGUUAGGGCAGAAGAUCCUAGGAAACCUUCAGCAGGUGUCUGGACAUCUUUCAGCUCGUGGAAUAGGGCUGCCUUCCAGAAGUAGCAAAUGGGAUGCUGGUAAUCCAUCCAGUAAUCUGUCCACUGUAGCUAUCUUACCAGCUUCUGAUGAUGUUCCCAUGACUGCUUUUAGCCUUGAGCUCCAACAUGCACUCAGUGCUAUUGGUCCAACUUUACUGCUGACUAGUGAUACUGUUAAAGAGCGCCUUGGUGCAGCAGCUUUGGACAGUGUUCAUGAGUACAGGCUAUCAAGCUGGUUGGGUCAGCAGGAGGAUAUACAUCGUAUUGUGCUGUACCAGUCAGACAGCAACAUGACACCAUGGACUCAACGGUGUAUUCGCCAAGCAGACUGCACUCUCAUUGUAGGCCUUGGAGAACAGGAACCUACACCGGGAGAGUUGGAAAGAAUGUUGGAGAACACAGCAGUGCGAGUGCAGAAACAACUGAUACUGCUUCACAGAGAGGAUGGACCUCCGCCAUCCCGCACUGUAGAGUGGUUGAACAUGAGGAGCUGGUGUUCGGGGCACCUUCAUCUAUGCUGUCCACGCAGAGUAUUUUCCAAACGAAGUCUUCCCAAAUUGAGAGAAAUGUAUGAUCGAGUAUUCCAAAAGACUCCAGAUCGACACUCUGAUUUCUCCCGCUUGGCCCGUGUCCUGACUGGAAAUGCCAUUGCACUAGUAUUAGGAGGGGGAGGAGCACGAGGCUGCUCUCAGAUUGGUGUAAUUCGGGCACUAACUGAUGCAGGAAUUCCAGUUGAUUUGGUUGGUGGUACUUCAAUUGGCGCUUUCAUGGGAGCACUCUAUGCUGAAGAAAAGAACUUCAAUCGAAUGCGGAUUCGAGCCAGGCAGUGGGCUAUGGAUAUGACAUCAGUGUUUAAGAAGAUUCUAGACCUGACGUACCCUAUCACUUCAAUGUUCUCAGGUACCACCUUUAAUCAUGCCAUCAGCAACGUUUUCAAAGGCAAGCAGAUUGAGGAUCUUUGGCUUCCUUAUUUUAAUAUUACAACAGACAUCACAGCCUCUGCCAUGAGGGUACACACAGAUGGUUCCCUCUGGCGUUAUGUUCGUGCAAGUAUGUCUCUUUCUGGUUAUCUUCCUCCUCUCUGUGAUCCAAAGGAUGGCCACCUUCUAAUGGAUGGGGGAUAUAUCAACAACCUGCCAGCGGAUGUUGCCAGGUCCAUGGGAGCAAAAGUAGUGAUUGCCAUCGAUGUUGGCAGCCGAGAUGAGACUGAUCUUACAAACUACGGGGACUCCCUGUCUGGGUGGUGGUUACUUUGGAAAAGAUGGAACCCGUUAGCAGAGAAAGUCAAGGUUUUGAACAUGGCUGAAAUUCAGAGCCGGUUGGCGUAUGUUUGCUGUGUGCGACAGCUAGAAGUGGUGAGGAACAGUGAGUACUCUGAAUACAUCAGGCCUCCCAUUGACCAGUAUGGUACAUUGGAAUUUGGCAAAUUUGAUGAGAUUGUGGAAGUGGGAUAUCAGCAUGGGAAAACUCUAUUUGACAUCUGGAAACGGAGUGCUGUAAUUGAUAAGAUGUUGAUGGAUUGGCAUCAAGAGACCUUCUGCAAGUCGAGAACUUCUGAUGUACCUGCAUGUCCCAAUGCAUCUUUCACUGACCUGGCUGAAAUAGUUUCUAGGAUUGAGCCUGCAAAAGUAAAUGUGGUUGAUGAUGAAUCUGAUUAUCAGACAGAUUAUGAAGAGGAAGUUCUGGAUGCAACAAGUGAAGAGUUUAUCAGUCCUUCUAGUGGGCAAAAUGAAGAUAAUUCUGAUACAGAUGAUGACACUAAAGUAAGACAGUGUAUCACUACUCUACGAAUGCAAGACUACAAGAGCUGAAAAUUAAGAUCUAUGAAAAUACAGUCUUCGUCACCUGUCAGUGUUAAACCUCCAUAUGAAACACAUCCAAAUGGCAGCUUCAUUGCCAUUUUUCCUGCCAAGUGGCUGACACUACAGUGGUACAUUCUAAGGGCAGUGGUUUGUCUUCCCACUGUGCUUAGGCUGCUGUGCUUCCUUACUUAUCCUUAAUAAGGAGAAUUGCCUUUUUGCUGUAGACAUUAUGCUGGUAACACACCUGACCAUUAACGUGACAGUAGCUCCACACUGUCAGAAACAGUUUGUCAGUCCUACCAUUAGCUUGCCUUAACCAUAUUUGCCAUACCAGUGGUGCUAAUUAAUGUCAGUGAGCAGACACCCAUAGUUAUGUAUGUGGUUGCAGUCACUACAGGCCACGUACUGAGAUAGCCCUGGUUUGGUGUACUAAUUAAAUGAAGGAUGGUUUUACAAUGGUCAGAGACCAGAUAAAGUUGAGUACCUGUGAGAUGCUGCAGUAUUCUGCCAGAAGGUGGUGAUUGCGAUGCAGGAGUGUUAAAUAUGUUACUUGGUGUAUAUUGCAUUGCUCCUUGCUGUCGUUGCUGAAGAUGGAUACAAAAUACCACAGUGCCUUGUCUGAGUGCUGCACUCAGUUGACUUUCAGUGAUGUGUGUACUGUGGAUGGUAGGUUUUACCACUGAUGCUGACCUGCUACAAAUGCCUGUGAAUAAAAAUGAUACUUUGAGUACCACUGAACCACAACUUUCAUACUUUUGAGGUAGUGAACUGUGGUGGAACUCCACAUAGACAAACAUGAGCGCGCACAAAAAAAAAACUGGACAAUGCUCAUCAUCUCUGUAAGUGCCUAAGUUGUGGGUAUGGGGUAGACUCUGCAAGCGUUCGUUAUGCAUUUUAUGACUUUUUCUGAAAUGUUUUACAUUUUAAUGUAGAUGUGAACAAUUGAAAUAUUUUACAUUUUUAAGAUACACAUGAGCAAUUAAUGUGAACUUCAGUAGCUAAAUAAACUACUGUUUUUCUGUUUA